AACUCAUAAAUUGAUAAUGGGUGGAUUGGAUAUAAGUGCGUUGGGUGGUGGAUUCGGUCAGUCGGAGGACUCCGGAGCACAUUGGAGCACGAGCAGCUCACUGAAAUCGUCAGCCAUGAAACUGCUGGUCUCUGUGCUGGCCCUGGCCGCCGUGGCCUCAGCCGCCCGCGUCCCCACGUCGGACGCUCGCUGUCCUCCGAGGGACGCGGCGUUCCCGGUCUACUUCCGUGACGAGGCCAACUGCGCAGUGUUCUACCAGUGCAGUAACGGUGUCGCCUACAAGUUUGACUGUCCCGCCGGUACCCUGUUCGACACCACCCUGAAUGUCUGCAACUGGCCCGAUGCCGUUAUCUGUGACGAGGGAUCCGGAUCCUCUGAGGAAUCCAGUGAGGAGGGCUCCGGAUCCUCGUCCGAGGAGUCCAGCGAGGAAGGAUCGGGAUCGUCGGAGGAGUCCGGCGAGGGAUCUGGUGACGAGCCUGUCGACCCCGUUGAUCCCGAUGAUACCAACAAGUGCGAGAACGUGCCUUCCGAUGUCUACAAGCAGUUCCCUCACCCGACCGACUGCACCAAGUACAUCACCUGCUCCCACCAGCGCGAGGUCGAACAGGUGUGCCCGCCUAACCUCUACUACAACCCGACUCUGAAGGUGUGCGACGUUCCCGAGAGGGCCGGGUGUGUCGCUGAAGAGCUUCUCGAGUUCAGCAAGGCCUAGAAGAACCCCGGCUAUGGCAUGAACUGAUCUGACAAGUGACAUCAACUGGCUUGACUUGUUGGCGACUGGCGUGGCUUGAUAUAUUUGCUCCAGUGAAGUCUGGCUUUUGUGACUAUUGUUUGGAACGUCAUCAAGGUGUUGUGGAUCCAUCUGGUGUGGAGACCUUUGUGAGGUCCUGAGAAGGAGAGGUAGCAUCUGGUUCGCUUGAACUCCCGAGAACACAUGACAGAAAGCGAAGAUUCAGACUUCAGUUCAUCAGUCCACAGAAGAGCUUCUUUUCAAUAGUUACAUUCUAGAUACAUUAACGUAACUACCGAGAAGUAUUGUAGGAUUUAGUUUAUUAACAACAAGUCUGAUAAACUAGUCAAAUGAGCUUUAGCAUAUGCACUAUAGUUGAUGUAGAAAUAUUAUCAAUAGGUACACGUAGAGGAUAUGAAACAAGUAUCAAUUCCGAUGUCUUGCUUCGUCGAGGCAAUUCGUUAUGAAAUUAUUUUGAAAUUAUUUCGACUCCUUUUUAGGCCCUACCUGCUUGUACUUAGAAGCAAAAUAUUUCCUCACAUUUUAGACAGUUUAAUAAUAUCAUUGAUCAGCCUCGAUUUUAGUCACGGUUUAUAGUUCCAUUCCGCUUCUUUACACAUGUCCAAAGGUUAAACCCGUCUUUCCUGUCAUGGAUACUUGUACUGGCAAUGUCAACAAUGGAAACCACCUCAAAUGCAUGUAUAUAUGGAACCGUAUAUAAAUAUAUUUCAGAGCAAUAUGA